AUGAUAAAAUCGCAUGCAAGUCUCUUCUUUUUCUCUGGGCUUUGCUUCGCCACCACCGACCCCAGAGUCUUUCGGAGCAACCGGGAGCGACAAUAUGUUGCGAUCAUCCUCAUUUUGUUCGCAGAUUAUGACGCACGGUAUGAAGGUGCCACUUUGCCGACGGCGAGUGUCGAGGUUCUCCGUCAUACUACGGAACGAAAAUCUCGGUCGGGGGACGGAGGGCUUUACGCGGUGUAUUUCCGAGGGCACCCUUUGCGCCGCCAAAUCUCAUCUGGAGGAUAUCGUCUAGUCCAGUGGGAAUUCCCGGGUCAAGUAAAUCAGUACGUAGAUUCGUCCUAA